AUGCCCAGAUAUGCACUGAACAUCAAGGGCCUUCCAUACAAAACGGAAUGGCUGAGUUUCACCGGCGUUGAGCCGAAGAUGAAGGAACUUGGCCUGGCCGCACAAGGAGGUCCACUCCUUUACACCAUCCCGACCAUAUAUGAUCCCAACAACGACAAGAUCGUCACCGAAUCGUUCGCCAUUGCAAAGUACCUCGACCAGGCGUAUCCGGACACGCCGCGCCUCGUCAUGCCGGGCGCCGCAGGGUUUCAAGAGGCUUAUCUCGAGAAGGUCGUCUCGCCCCUGCUGAACAUGAUAAUUCCGAGUAUUGCCAUGCCGGUGUUCGAGGAAUGUUGCAUUGACGACGCGGACAGGGCGUAUGUCCGCGAUACUCGAGAGAAAUGGUUCGGGCGAAAGUUCGAGGACAUGGAGUGGAAGAGGGAAGCAAUGACGGCAGCGAGCGAGGCCUUCAAGGUGGCCCUCGACGCAAUCGCAGUACAUGUCGCCACGAAUGGCCCCGGUGCUGUGUUCGUCACGGGAGACGCGCCUUCUCACAUCGACGCUGCGGUAGCAUCCAUUCUACUUUGCGUCCUCAAGAUGCUCGGGAAGGAACACGCGUUUGCCAGGGUGAUUCUGGAGCACAGUUGGGCAAAGAAGUAUCUUGGAACAAUGUCCAGAUGGGAGUAA